GGAGCAUGUUUACGAGUACAUGGAGCAUGGUACACUUGCUGAUAAUCUUUUAUAAGCAUUAUACUUUUGGUAAUGGCACUAUUUGUCAUCUGUCAUGGAUGCAAAGGAUGAAAAUUUGCAUCGGCGCUGCUCGUGGACUGGAUUACCUCCAUACAGGUACUCGACGCGGUAUCAUACACCGCGAUGUGAAGACCACAAAUAUUCUUCUCGACAAGGAUUGGGUAGCCAAGAUUUCAGAUUUUGGGUUGUGCAAAGUGGGCACCACAAGCCAUUCCCACACUCAUGUUAGCACUGCUGUUAAAGGCACAUUUGGUUACUUUAAUCCAGAGUAUUUCUUAACUCGUAGACUUACUAAGAAAUCAGAUGUCUAUGCAUUUGGUGUCGUGUUGUUAGAAGUGCUUUGUGGGAGGCCGGCAGUGGAUCUACGGCUUGAGGAGGAGCAACACAGUCUAACACGAUGGGCUCGACAAUGUAUCAAAGAGGAAAAACUUGAUCAACUCGUUGAUCAAAGUAUGAGAGCCCAAAUCUCGCCACAGUGUUUGAAGGUGUUCACAGAAGUUGCUAAUAAUUGCUUGCAUGAGCAUCCAAAUGGACGGCCUACAAUGACUGAUGUCAUGGCGAGCCUCAAGUGCAUGUUGGCGUCACAGGAGCAACCCAGACAUUCUUACACAGAGGAGAAGGAGGAGAAAGGGGAGGAGGUCAGUGUUCAUGGGGAUUUCAAUCAAGAGAUUUAUGACAAAAACACACAGAAAAAUGACAUUCUUCCACAAGGUACUAUUUCCUCCCAAUCCACUUCGGUGCAAUUUAAUGAUGAUACCCAACGCUAG